CACACACACACACACCUAUAGAGAAGUAGCUCAUAAAACCACACAUAACAUCUGAACUGUCCCUUUAAGAUAAAACUCAUCAGCUUCAAAAGCUCCACAUCUUACAUUAUGUCAUCUGAGACAGACCAGGAAACCAGUGAGUUCCUGUUGAGUUGUCAGUGAGAAGAGACGCACCGACAGACGCUGCUCUCAAAAUGGCUUCCAUGUCAGAGGAGGAUUUCUGCUGUUCGGUCUGUCAUGAAGUCUUUAGAGAUCCUGUUGUUCUAUCAUGUAGCCACAGCUUCUGUAAAGACUGUCUGCAGAGAUGGUGGACAGAGAAACCAACACAGGAGUGUCCAGUUUGUAAGAGAAGAUCUUCAAAGUCACAUCCACCUCGUAACCUGGAGUUGAAGAAGCUGUGUGAGAGUUUCUUACAGCAGAGAGAUCAGAGAGCUUCAGAGGCUCUCUGCAGUCUGCACUCUGAGAAACUCAAACUCUUCUGUCUGGACCAUCAGCAGCCAGUGUGUCUCGUCUGCAGAGAUUCAAGGAGACACACCAACCACAGAUUCAGACCCAUCGAUGAGGCUGCACAGGAUCAGCGAGAGGAGCUCCAGGAAGCCCUGAAGCCCUUACAGGAGAAACUGAAGCUCUGUCAGCAAGUUAAGAUUAAGUUUGAUCAAACAGCAGAACACAUGAAGGUCCAGGCCCGACGCACAGAGAUCCAGAUUAAGGGUCAGUUUAAGAAGCUUCACCGGUUUCUAGAAGAGGAAGAGGUGGCCAGGAUGGCUGCACUGAGGGAGGAAGAGGAGCAGAAGAGUCAGAGGAUGAAGGAGAAGAUGGAGGCUCUGAGCAGAGAGAUACCAGCUCUUUCAGACACAGUCAGAGCCACAGAGGAGCAGCUGAGAGCUGAAGACGUCUCAUUCCUGAUCAACUACAAGGCUGCAGUGGAAAGAGUCCAGCAGAGCCCCCUGCUGGAGGAUCCACAGCUGCUCUCAGGAGCUCUGAUAGACGAGGCCAAACACCUGGGCAACCUGAGCUUCAACAUCUGGAACAAGAUGAAGGACCUGGUCUCCUACUAUCCCCUGGUUCUGGACCCAAACACUGCUGGUUCAUAUCUCACCCUGUCUGAAGAUCUGACCAGUGUGAGACUAGGAGGAGAGUAUGAGCAGCUUCCUGAUAAUCCAGAGAGGAUUGAUGGUUGCUUCUCUGUCGUGGGCUCCGAGGGCUUUAACUCAGGGACUCACAGCUGGGAUGUCGAGGUUGGAGACAGUACGGUCUGGCUACUGGGUGGGUUACCAGAGUCUGUCCAGAGGAAGGAAGACAUACUGUCUGGAUUAUGGACAAUAUGGUUCUCUGAAGGUAAAUACUCAGCGUGGUCUCCACCAGCUCCAGUCACUGCUCUCCCGUUGAAGAAGCAGCUCCGGAGGAUCAGAGUGACUCUGGACUGGAACAGAGGAAAGCUGUCGUUCUCUGAUCCUGAUACUAACACACACAUACACACCUUCACACACACUUUCACUGAGAAGAUCUUUCCAUACUUUAACACUCAGGAUAAUCUGAAGAUAUCACCACUGAAGGUCUGUGUGACAAAACAAGUCUGAUAGAGUCCGUAGUUUUAGCGUGGUAAUAAUAAUAAUAAUAAUAAUAAUAAUAAUAAUAGUAAACAACGAUUCACUUCUUCAACGUUAAUGUGUUCCAUCUUUUUAUGUCUGAACUGAAUGAUUAAAUAAGUUCAAACUUUAUAUCGCAGCAGCAAACAGUAACAGGAGUCAGCAGAUUAAAUAUGAAAGAAUAUAAACAGAAUAAUGGUUGUUGGGUAGUCAACUGAUUGCAGCGGUAAAGGAGACGGCUGAAUGAAACAAAAGGUUU